AUGAUCAACAAUUACAAGACACUGCAGGCAUUCUUCACGAAGAAGGGCAUUGAGAAGAGUGUGCAAGUGAACAAGCUCAUAAAGGGCCGGCCAUUGGACAACAUGGAGUUCAUGCAGUGGAUGAAGUCGUUCUUUGACAGAGAAACGGGGGGCAUGGGCGUCCCUGAGGACUAUGAUCCUGUUGGCAGGAGGAUGGUUUGCAAGACGGGCGACUUCAAAGGGCCCAAUGGCACUGCUGGGGGGCGACCCUCCAGUGCAACCAAGCGAGCCACACCCACAGGUUUGUCCAACAAGCCAACGUCCGCCAGGGUGAGAAAGCCCACUACUCUGACAAAGAGACCGGCAUCUGGCUCUUCAGGCAAGGCGACGCCACCACCAGCAGCUGCAGCCAGGCCGGCUGCGGGGGAUGAUUGUGGAGAGGCAAAGCCAGAUCAUGGGGACAGCGCUGCUUAUAGUGCUGAGCUGGCUGCCAGGGAAGAAGAGAUUAAAGAACUGACAGCCCAGGUCAACGAGCUGCGGCUUCAGGCAGAAGAAUCCCUGCGGGAGCGAGAGUUUUACUAUGGGAAGCUGAGGGAGAUUGAGAUCCUGUGCCAAACACCCAAUAUCAGUGAUAACCCGAUGAUCAAGGUUGUUGAGCAGGUCUUGUACGCCCCCAAUGAAGAGCAAGCAAGGGAGAUUGUCCGCCAGACACAAAUGGAAUAUGCUGGCCAGGUUUAUGUUGAUGCCGAGGAGCAAAAUGGUGCCGGCGAGGGCCAGGAAAAUGGAGGGUAG